AUGAUGGAAUCUCUAGCUUCCCCCAACCCAAUCCCACCCCGUACCAGCUCUACGGGGGUUACAAAUGGCAACCUAGAAUCCGCCAUGAGCGGUAAUACCAACGGCUCGAGUUCUCGGAGCGCAGGUUUUAAACCACUCCCCGAGGCAGAGUGGGUUGCGCCCUUGGGAAAGAGGCGGACAUCCCAUCCUCACAAGUACUCAUCAGGACAUACUCGAAACCGAUCUAGCGUCGAUGGUACCAAAUACAAAGAUGGAACAUGGUCUCUAGAGAAAGAGAAGAUACUGCUAGGCCCUUAUGAUUACAUGGUCCAGCAGCCCGGCAAGGAUAUACGGAGACAGUUCAUUACUGCAUUUAACCGUUGGUUGCAUGUUCCUGAAGACAGUAUUGCGAUAAUCACCAAGGUUGUUGCCAUGCUGCAUACUGCUUCAUUACUCGUUGAUGACGUUGAAGAUUCGUCAAAUCUUCGAAGAGGAGUUCCAGUGGCUCAUAAUAUAUUUGGGACGGCUCAGACGAUAAAUUCUGCCAACUACGUCUACUUUCUGGCUCUGGAAGAGGUACAGAAACUUAAAAGCCCGAAUGUGAUAAAUAUCUACGCAACGGAACUGUUAAACUUGCACCGGGGCCAGGGCAUGGAUGUAUUCUGGAGGGACACCCUCACAUGCCCAACGGAGGAGGAUUAUUUGGAAAUGGUCGGCAAUAAAACAGGGGGACUUUUCAGACUUGCCAUUAAACUGAUGCAGGCGGAAAGCGACAGUGGAAUUGAUUGCGUCGCCCUCGUGAACCUCAUGGGCCUCAUCUUCCAAAUCUGCGACGACUAUCUCAACCUCUCCAAUUCAACAUACAGCAAAAACAAGGGACCCUGCGAAGACCUUACGGAAGGCAAAUUUUCCUUCCCCAUAAUCCACAGCAUCCGCUCCCAACCCGAUAACCUUCAACUUAUCAAUAUUCUGAAACAGAAGACGACUGAUGAGGAAGUCAAGCGAUACGCCGUCAAUUACAUGGAGAGCACGGGAAGUUUUGCCUAUACGCGCAAGACAGUCGUGCAGCUGCGAGACAAGGCUUUGCUCUUGAUUGAUGAGCUGGAGAAGUUGACCGACAUGACCCAAGGUGCUAGUCAGAAAGGAGAACGGAGUGGGGACAUGGUGCGGAGUAUCUUGCACAAAAUGGUUGCGACAACGGUGAACACCUGGCGUGAGGAGGCGGAAAGGGCUGAGUGA